UCCGAAAUCUGUGGAAAAGCGGUUAAAGUGGGUGGCAAGCAGAGUAUAAAUUGCAGUGCGGCAAGAGCCAAAGCCACAAACACCGGCAAGGGCAGCACAAAGCAGGACAGAGGAAGAGCCCUCACACAUCCACCAUGCUUGCUGCAAGGACGGUCCUGCUGCUUGUGCUGUUCCUCACCUCCCUGCACCCUGCCGCAGCCCACUUCUCACCCACUGAAUGCUGCUUUAAUCAUGUGCAGAAACCCAUCCGAAACAUAGAGAGUUUCUACCACACGCCCAGAGACUGCUCCAUGCCUGCAGUUGUGUUUGUGACUGCCAACGGUGCUGAGAUCUGUGCUGACCCCCAGAAAUCCUGGGUGAAGAGAGUCAUGAAAAGAAUUCAGAAGAAAAAAUGAAAUCCUCCUUCUGCCGUCCACCAUCCAACUCACCCAUCCAGCCCGCCCACCGCUGGAGGAAGGAGGUGGUGCUCGGGGAGCCUCUCCCACAAGGUGAUGGGUGCUGUCACUGCAGGCUGAGUCAGGCGUGCCCUGGCAGGACCGGGUGUCACAGCAGCAUGGACCAGCUGGCUGCCACAUCCCUCCCACUGACACUGCCCUCCCAGGAUGUGCCCAGCAGAGCAAGUAUUUAUA